AUGACACGUCCCAUUCCUCAGGAGGUUCAAGGAUCUGCCAAGGCUCUUUUCAACCAAGGUUGUUCCCUCCGUGCCAUUCAAAAAAUCUUCCCAGAUUUGUCCGUCAGUGUACUUUCUCGCCACAGGAAGAAGUUUUUUGGUCAUUCAAAACAUGCCAAACCCGGAAGACGCAGCAAAAUCACUACGCAGAAUAUGAACUACAUUGAGAGGAAUCUCCGCAAUGGUAAUUUAGACGGCCCCAAGGGUGUGCAGUGCUACCUUGCUCAUAUGGGAGUUCAGAUGACUUUGAGGAAUAUACAGUAUAUACUCAAGCGCAAAGGGUUCAAGGCUAAAAGAAAGAUAAAGACCAAUUUCGUGUCUGCGGAGAACCGGAAAAAAGCGUCUUGUGUGGGCCAAGAGACAUCGACAUUUGACUGCGGACGAUUGGCGCCCACUGAGUUGAUGCCUCAUCAAACUGAGGCUCAAGUUCAGGGAGAUGGUGGUGGCGUUGUUUUCUGGGGCAUGAUAACAGCGGAGGAACACAGCUAUGGCUCCACCAUUACCGAAGGAACUGUUAACUCAGAAGUUUAUGCUGAAAUUCUGGACUCAUCUUUGCUAGACACUAUCGAGUACUAUGGGCUGGACAAGAAAACGUUUAGAUUCCAGCAAGAUAACGCAAGACCACAUACUUCUGGUCCCAUUAAAAAAUAG